CACGUAAAGAAUGUGUGGAACAUAGGUUCGUCGUGCCGAAUAUUACGAAAUUUCACCGAAGACACUCGUAUCGUACAACAGAACAAAGCCUUCAAACUUCUAAAUCAUGGCGGCAUCUCAGCCUCCGAAGGUACCCCCGGGGAACUGGAUAGCACGUCAGCUAAAGAGGAUAAAUGACGAGAGCCAUGGCAAAGUUAUCCCCCAGACUGCGGCUUCUCAGCGGUCCGCCAACAAGUACAACAGUGUGUACGAUGUCCAUUACUCCAGUAUGAACGAGGAACUUCUGUGUCAGUUCCUAAAGCAGAAGGAAGACGAUGCAGCGGAGCGACUUAAGAUAGAGGAAGCGCGUGAGACUGUGGGGGACGUGUUUGGAGUGAAACGAGCACGGAAAGCGGAUAAAUCAAAGCAGGCCAUUCCCAAAGCUAACAUAUUUACAGUGCUGCCUCAUGUAUGUAAGUUUAGAGAUACACCAGUGCUGUAUGUUACCCUCGGUACGCAUGUAAGACUAAGUUCAAUAUCCGAGAAAACGGAACCCCUGCCGGCGAUCCAGAUGUUUUCCGCCUGGAAAGUCCCGAAACGCUUGAACCAGGAUAUUGACAUACCAUUCUCAAAGAAAAUGGACGCGUUGUGCGAGGAUGUGGAAAGUGUUCAGAUUUCUGGCCGCAGAUCAGCUGAUUUGAGAUCCAGACAGGGCGGCCUAUCACCAUCUAGAUUGCCAAUGCUGGGGCACCGGAGAUCCAAGUCCACAGCGGCCCCAGGCGGUGGCAGGAGGACAGCGACAAGGGACGGCAGCCUAUCCCCUAGACGCUCAGUAAGAAGUUCAGCUCGCUCCAGACUGGGAGAGCCUGGUCCACAGGAGCUAUCGAAUGUUUUCCAGCCGCACGCUGUCUACAAAGCAGACGACAUACUGCAAAGAGCGCCAUUGGACGACCGGAAGACUAUCCAGAAGAUUCUGCGCAUGGCAGAAAAGAAGCAUCAAGAUGAGCACGCCGUAAAACAGGGCGUUCAGCCAGAUGUACAGGCACCGAUCGCCAACUGGUUAAAAGGAGCCUCUGAGAAGGAUCGAGCUGUGGCACUUGAUUUCUUCAAGUCCUUGACUGGAACCAAACUCAUCGGACACACUGGAGCUGAGCAAUCGGCACGUCUGCAAGAUGUCAUUCACGCUCUGGAAGGGAAUAAGGAAGCGCGUUCCUUAGCAACUCCAAGGCCAGACCAGAAAACAUCUCGUUCAACCGAAUUACACUCGAGUUUGAAACACCUCCGCCUUCUGAGUCCGCAAUCGCGGAAGAAUCGCUGGAUGGAGACCACGUGGCACCACUUGCCGGAAUACCAGCACACUGACCCCGUGAACAACUGGAGUUCUGUGUACACUAGGCCACAUGGGUUUAUCCCAAGGCACUUCACAAUCCACCCCGAGUGGGGCUAAUACAAACUGUGUGAUUAUAGGAAACGACGUCCAUGGAAUUGCAAAGCUAACGUAAUGGGGUUUGUCCGAAUAGUGCACAUGUACUAUUGUAUUAUUUUCUUUAACACGUCACUGUUUCUGAGUAUUAAUGCUUGUAAAAGAAAGACGUAUUUCAGCAACACAACAGCGUGGCGUCAAAGAAUCAGUUUUUUACACAUUUUGGUAGCAAUAUGCUUUAGACUGGAAAUGCUCCCUGUUAACGAAAUACAGAUAUAGUUUUUGGUUUUCAGAAAUUUGUUUGAAAGGUUAUAUGAAGUCUCAGUACACGAUGAUGGAAGUUUGUUAGAAAGCAACAAACUAAAAUGUUCAAAAAUUAAGCAAAAGUUAAGACAAAUUUCGAGACAAGCAUCUCCAUACUACCAACAUGCCGAGGGUAUAGUACGUUUUUCAAGAUUAUUUUUUGUCGAUUACGUAGUUGCCAGAAGAGCAAAGCUUCCAGUGCACUGUCUAUCGUGCUUGCGAUUAAAACAGAACCUGUUAUUUACAAGUGUUAAGAGCUUAUGAUUUACAAAUCAGGUAUGGCAUCAGCUAUAUGUGUUUUUUCGACCAGAGUAAGGACUUUCGUGUGAAACAAAUUUUGUUUUUGCUCAACAAAGCAAGUCGGUCUGCAUAUGUGUUAUUCAUUUCUAAAAUAA